UGAGCUUCAUCUUCUUCCCUCUAUAUAACUAUCUUGGUUUGCAUUCAACACUCCACAAGAGACUACCACUAAAAUGGCUGAUCAAGAAGUGAAGGUUCUUGGGCAAUGGGGAAGCCCAUAUAGUCGCAGAGUAGAACUAGCACUAAAGCUGAAAGGUGUGCCUUAUGAGUACGUAGAAGAAGAUGUCUAUGUCAAGAAAAGUCCAUUGCUUCUCAAAUCCAACCCUGUACACAAGAAAGUUCCAGUGCUCAUUCACAAUGGAAAACCAACCGUUGAGUCUCUUGUAAUAAUCGAAUACAUUGAGGAGACUUGGAAAGCCAAUCCCAUCCUGCCGGAGGACCCAUAUGAGCGAGCCAUGGCUCGAUUCUGGGCCAAGUACAUAGACGACAAGUGCAACCCUGCGCUGUGGAAAGCUGGCUGGGCGGAGGAGGAAGGGCGAGAGAAGGCCGUUGAGGAGGCAUUUGGAUGCCUGGAAGUACUGGAAAAUGAGCUGAAGGGGAAAGGUACAAGGUUCUUCGGAGGAGAUAAGAUUGGAUUGGCAGACAUUGCUGCUAAUUUCAUAGCAUUUUGGCUUGGAAUUUGGGAACAAUGUUCAGGAGUUCAAUUGCUUACUGGAGACAAAUUCCCCUCUCUAAGCAAUUGGAAGGACGAGUUUCUGAGCUGCAGUGUUGUCAAGGAAAAUUUGCCUCCCAGAGAAAACUUGGUUCACGUCUUUCAAUCCAUUUUGGCAAAAACAUUUGUGGCAAGUAAGUCGUCUGUCCUUAUUAACUUAAAAUGAAGGGGCCAUCUAUGGACUCAUCAGUUUGUUUUCAGUCUUUCCAGUCAGUGUCCACCGGACAGUUGUUGUGUUUUGUCUAAUUUGCCGAUUACAGAGCAAUAAUGAAGAAGCUUCAAAAUC